AUGCAGCAGCCAGGGCCGAUGUUUCCUGUCAUGCCCUCAUUUCCUCCGACCAAUAUCACCACCGAGCAGAUUCAGAAGUACCUUGAUGAGAACAAGAAACUGAUACUGGCAAUUUUGGACAAUCAGAAUCUUGGCAAACUUGCUGAGUGUGCCCAGUAUCAGGCUCAGCUUCAAAAGAAUUUGAUGUAUUUGGCAGCAAUAGCCGAUGCGCAGCCGCAGACACCAGCCAUGCCUACCCAGAUGACUCCCCCACAUCCCAGCAUGCAACAGGGAGGGUUCUACAUGCCACAUCACCCUCAAGCCGCCGCCAUGCAGCAUCCUGGCGGUCUAUUCCCCCCACGGGGCCCGCCAUUUGGCAGUCCACACCCAAUGCAGGAACAGUCCCACCCUCAGGCUGCGGCCCAAGCGCAAAUGGGCUUGGGAAGGCCGCCCGUCGGGCACAGCAACGACACGAGCCAGCUGGCAGGAGGCCCGUCGAACUCUGGCCUCAACGACAUCCUGCUCGGAGGAGGCAGCAAGCAAGAUAAAGCUGCCGGCUCGGAUGCUGCCUGGGGAAACUCACCCUCCGCGGAAGGGGAGGAACUUAAGUGA